AUGGGCCAGAAUUUCGCGCUCAAUGUCGCGGAGAAGGGGUUCCGGAUCUCCGUGUACAACCGGUCGCCAGCGGGCGUGGAGGCGGCCGUCAGCCGCUCCAAGAAGGAAGGUCUCGAAGAGCGCCUCACUGGCUUCGACAACAUCCCCGAUUUUGUCGCCUCCCUCGAAAAGCCACGGCGCGUGAUGAUACUCGUCAGGGCAGGUGCCCCUGUCGAUGCUGUGAUCGAGAGCGUGUCGGAGCACAUGGAGGAGGGGGACAUCAUCAUAGAUGGAGGCAACGAGUGGUAUGAAAAUACAGAACGCCGAAAGGACCAUGUGGCCAAGAAAGGCCUGCUGUACAUAGGGAUGGGAGUGUCUGGAGGAGAAGAGGGUGCACGAAAUGGUCCUUCGAUGAUGCCUGGAGGAAGCAAGGAGGCCUAUGCUCCCCUGGAGAACAUGUUUUCCAAAGUUGCUGCGCAGGUGGACGAUGGCCCCUGUGUGACCUACAUUGGAAGCGGAGGUGCUGGGAACUUUGUGAAGAUGGUGCACAACGGCAUUGAGUACGGUGACAUGCAGCUCAUUUCGGAGGCCUAUGACAUCCUGAGAGUUAUUGGUGGCGCCAGUAAUAAGGAGUUGUCGCAGACAUUUGCAGACUGGAACAAGGGUGAGCUGGAGAGCUUCCUGAUCAACAUCACAUCCAUUAUUUGUGCCAAGCCAGAUGACAAGGGAGAGGGGUUCUUGGUGGACAAGAUUCUGGACAAGACGGGCAUGAAGGGCACAGGAAAGUGGACAGUACAGCAGGCAGCAGAACUGUCUGUGCCGGCACCAACCAUCACAGCUUCGUUGGAUGGCCGGUUCACAAGUGGCCUGAAGGAGGAGAGGGUUGCUGCUGCGAAAUUCUAUGAGGGGCUGGGAGUUGCAGAGCCAUGCGUGGCAGAGUCGCCCGAUGACAAGGCAGCUCUCAUUGACGACGUCCGCCAGGCUCUCUAUGCAUCCAAAAUUUGCAGCUAUGCACAGGGCAUGGCACUCAUCAGGGCAAAGAGCCAAGAGAUGGAGUGGGACAUCGACCUGGGAUCCCUUGCUCGGAUCUGGAAGGGGGGCUGUAUCAUCAGGGCAGUUUUCUUGGACCGAAUCAAGCAGGCGUUCGAGCGCAAGGCCGACCUUCCCAACCUCCUCGUGGACCCGGAGUUCGGCGCCGACCUGGCCGCCCGCAUUCCCGCGUGGCGCCGCGUGGUGCAGCGCGCCGUGGCGGCGGGCAUAGCCGUGCCCGGCAUGACGGCCAGCCUGGCGUACUUCGACGCCUACAGGCGGUCCAGGCUUCCGGCCAACCUGGUGCAGGCUCAACGGGACUUCUUCGGGUCGCACACGUAUCAGAGGACGGACAUGGGGGGGUGGUUCCACACGGUGUGGGACGAGUCUUUCGGCAGCGCCGACACAGCAAUCACGUCAGGCUACAACAACUGA